GGAUUUAAAUAAAGAAAAGGCAUGUUAAAUAAUACAAUAUAUCAAUAAAUUUAUAAUUUAACUAAUAAACUAUUAUAAAGUUAUGAAUAAAUUUGUGCAAGUGUUAAAUAUAAAACAAAAUAACGCAUUUAAAAUACGCUCACUAAGUAAUAAUAGUCAAAAUUUACGUGCUCUAUUGUUGAACGAAGAAUACGGCUUUUUAUCAAACGAUUCUAUAACAAACACCACCGCCGCGAAUAAAAUUAGCAGCAGUGAUUCUAUUAUAAACUCAAGACAACUACAAGAACAACAGCAACUUUUACUGCGUCACCGGGAAUUUUUACCGAUUUUUAAUAGGAAUAACAGUGCUACUAAACCAGGACAUUUCAUAAGGCAAUACGCUACUUUGGCCAGUAAGAUGAAGAAGGAAAAGCAAAAGAACGUUCCAGCUGAUACCGGUAAAAAAGUCAAAGAACUUAAUCCCUGGCCGGCAUACAUUGAAGAACGUAAUGCUUUGUGGGAGAAAUGUAAGGCUGAAUAUCAAGCUGAACUUGCUGCCAAGCCACGUGAAGCCAUUAAGGUUACCUUGCCCGAUGGUAAAGUGGUAGAAGGUACCUCAUGGGAGACCACACCAUACGAUAUUGCCAAAGGUAUUAGUCAAGGUUUGGCCGAUAAUACUAUCAUUUCGAAGGUUAAUGGAGAAGUAUGGGAUUUGGAUCGUGUAUUAGAGGGUGAUUGUACUUUGCAUUUACUCAAGUUUGAUGAUCCCGAGGCACAAGCUGUCUUCUGGCAUAGUUCGGCUCAUGUUAUGGGUGAAGCUAUGGAACGUAUUUAUGGUGGUCAUUUGUGUUAUGGUCCACCAAUUGCUGAUGGUUUCUACUAUGAUAUGUAUUUGGAUGGUGAAGGUAUUUCGACCAAUGACUAUCCCGUUAUGGAGGGUUUGGUUAAACAAAUCGUUAAGGAGAAACAGCCUUUCGAACGUUUGGAAAUGAAGAAAGCCGAUUUAUUGGAAAUGUUCAAGUACAAUCAAUUCAAGUGUAGAAUUCUUAAUGAAAAAGUCACAACUGAUACUACCACUGUUUACAAAUGUGGUCCACUUAUUGAUUUAUGCCGUGGUCCUCAUGUACGUCACACUGGCAAGAUUAAGGCCAUGAAAAUUACCAAAAAUUCUUCCACCUACUGGGAGGGUAAAUCUGAUGCCGAAACCUUGCAAAGAGUCUAUGGUAUUUCAUUCCCCGAUACCAAACAAUUGAAAGAAUGGGAGAAAAUCCAAGAAGAGGCUGCUAAAAGAGAUCAUCGUAAAAUCGGCAGAGAACAGGAAUUGUUCUUUUUCCAUGAAUUGUCGCCUGGCUCUUGCUUUUUCCAACCUAAGGGCGCUCAUAUUUACAAUACUCUAAUGAAUUUCAUUAAGGGCGAAUAUAGAAAGCGUGGAUUCCAAGAAGUUAUCUCACCUAACAUUUACAAUUCGAAAUUAUGGAUGACUUCAGGUCAUUGGCAGCAUUAUGCCGAAAACAUGUUUUCGUUUGAGGUGGAGAAAGAGACAUAUGCUUUAAAACCCAUGAACUGUCCUGGUCACUGCUUAAUGUUUGAUGUGCGCAAUCGCUCUUGGCGCGAAUUGCCUUUGCGUAUGGCUGACUUUGGUGUUUUACAUCGUAACGAAUUGUCGGGUGCUUUGACUGGUCUUACACGUGUACGCCGUUUCCAACAGGAUGAUGCACAUAUUUUCUGUGCUCCCGAACAAAUCAAAAGUGAAAUGAAGGGCUGUUUGGACUUUUUGCGUCAUGUUUAUACCGUCUUCGGUUUCUCAUUCAAUUUGGUGUUGUCUACACGACCUGAAAAAUACUUGGGCGAGUUAGAGCAGUGGAAUGAAGCUGAAAAGGCUUUGGCUGAAUCUCUCGAUGAAUUUGGCAUGCCCUGGCAAGAGAAUCCCGGUGAUGGUGCUUUCUAUGGUCCCAAAAUCGAUAUUACCAUUAUGGAUGCUCUCAAACGUGCCCAUCAAUGUGCCACCAUCCAAUUGGACUUCCAGCUGCCCAUACGUUUCAAUCUGAACUAUGUAGCCGAUGAUGGUGAAAAGAAACGUCCCGUCAUUAUUCAUCGUGCCAUUCUCGGUUCGGUAGAACGUAUGAUUGCCAUCCUUACUGAGAGUUAUGCUGGCAAAUGGCCCUUCUGGCUGUCACCACGUCAAGUUAUGGUUGUGCCUGUUGGACCUCAGUUUGAUGAGUACGCUAAAUCAGUUAGCGAUAAAUUGCAUGCUGCUGGUUUCAUGUCCGAGGCUGAUUGUGACGCUGGCGACACAAUGAACAAGAAAAUCCGUAACGCUCAAUUGGCUCAAUUCAAUUUCAUUCUUGUGGUGGGUGAAAAGGAACGUUCUUCGAAUACCGUUAAUGUACGCACCCGUGAUAAUAAAGUACAUGGUGAAGUAUCUGUCGAUGAUUUAAUUACUAAAUUACAAAAAAUACGUGAUGAAUACAUCACCAACGAGGAUAGUUUCUAAACACUAUUAGCAUUCUAAUGUUUUUGCAAACAUUUUAUUUAUUACAUUAAAGUAGACUUAUUGAAAAUUGGUAAAACAAACCAACAAAACAAUUUGUAUAACAAGUUUUACUUAAAAUUGCAUUAAUUUUCCUUUUAUUAUUCUUUUGCAUUUUAUCAGUCACUCAGUACUUUUGUUAUAAACUAAAAAGAUUACAAAUCAACCUGCCACUUGUUGGGUAUGUUUAAAUGAAUGGUAUACUUACACUAAUGGUAUUUAUUGAAAAUAAACAAUUAAUUAAUUAUUAAUAAAGACACAAGAAACAAGCA